CAUCGGGCAGCAUGGAGGAAACUGCCAACUGUUUCUCUAUUGAUGGAAACAAGACCAAUUCAAGGGUCUAGAUGCAGCUGAAGAGAGGCCCAUCGUGAUUGGCGAUACGUGUUCGCUACGUGUGCGGGCCGUGUUGCAGCCAUAGCCAACCUUCGUUUUCUCCUCGCUCUGCUUGCGGUUGAUGACAACGAACGGACUGGUCUCCUAAUUAUGGGAAAUAUGGGAUUCAAUUUCAGAUGAUAUGCGUUACCCUGUUUUGGGGGACCAAGUUGUUCGGUUUCUUUUUGGAAAAGCUUGCUUUUGUUCUAGGGUUUACAUUUGGACAAUAUUUGGAAUUCCUCUGAAAGUUUCCUUUCCAGCAGUUCUUGGUUGGAAUUGGGCUGUUGUGCUGUAGGGUUUUUAUUUGCGUGUGAAAAUUCGGAGGAUUUCAGAAUUAUAAAUACAUUGCUGGUGUGUGUUUGUUUCUUAGUUGAUUCGAGAAAUGCCAGCGACAGAUUACCAGGGUUCAUCUGCUUUAUUCUCGAGUUUCGGCCGUUCAAUUCUGAGUAUUCAGCGUGAUCAAGUUCAUCCUAUGGAAGGUACGGGCCAAGAGCUCCAGCUCCAGCUCGAGGCCUUCCAGGGACAGGUCGCAAGCCGAUUUCAGGAUUUAUCCGCUGCAGGGUCCGAUGAGCUGCUUUCGGUUUCUUGGAUUGGGAAGCUUCUAGAUGUUUUCCUUGCUUGUUUGGAGGAAUUCAGGAUGCUGUUGUUCAAGAACAAGAAGCACAUGAACAAACCCCCAAUGGAUCGGUUGAUUUCCGAGUUCUUUGAGAGGAAUGUGAAGGCUCUUGAUGUGUGCAAUGCCAUUCGAGACGGGAUUGAGCAGAUGAGGCAAUGGCAGAAGCAGUUGGAGAUCGUGUUGUCCGCGUUGAGCGGGCAGAGGAGCCUGGGGGAAGGGCAGUUUCGAAGAGCCAAGAAGGCUCUGAUUGAUUUGGCAAUUGGGAUGCUUGAUGAGAAGGACUCAAACUCUGCUCUUGCGAAUCGAAACCGGUCUUUUGGGCGCAAUAAUUUGAGCAAGCAUCACCGGUCCCUUGGCCAUUUUCGAUCAUUGUCAUGGAGCGUUUCGCGGUCGUGGUCUGCUGCUAGGCAGCUCCAGGCAAUUGGGAACAACUUGUCCUCCCCUAGAGCCAAUGAAGUCAUGGCCACCAAUGGACUUGCAGUUGCAGUGUUCACCAUGAAUUCUGUGUUGUUGUUUGUGAUGUGGGCACUUGUAGCUGCAAUCCCCUGUCAAGACAGGGGCUUACAAACCCAUUUUUACGUACCAAGGCAAUUCAUCUGGGCCAUUCCAACCCUCUCGCUUCAUGAGAGGAUCUUGGAAGAGUCCAAGAAACGUGACCGAAAAAAUGCUUGUGGGUUGUUGAAGGAGAUUCACCACAUUGAGAUGUGUGCUCAGAGCAUGAAUGAACUGAUCGACUCGGUUCAGUUCCCAUUGGCAGAGGAAAAGGAGAGAGAUGUAAGGAGGAGAGUAGUGGAGCUUCGCCAAGUUUUUGAAGCAGUUAAAGAUGGACUGGAUCCCUUGGAAUCCAAGGUGAGGGAAGUCUUCCACAGAAUCGUUCGUAACCGGACUGAGGGUCUUGACUCGUUUGGAAGGGGGAGCCAUCCCGAGUAAUUUUUGUUCAGACUCAAAAUGUAGAAUUUGCAAAUAUGUUCAUAAUUUGCGUUUUCUUGGGCUUAAAGAGAACGAAAGGUUGAGGCAUUUUGAUGACAGAAUUGAAGGUAUAAGGAGGCAAAGCUCUUGUUUUGUUACAUAGUAAAUUUUGUAUAUGAAUUGGACCUUCACUGUUCAUGGUGUGCUUUGUAAAAUCAAGUUUCUGCUUCUGUGUUUUCAAGUCAUCUGUUUUUGUUUUUUCGGAUCGAGGAUUGUAGUGGGCAUCCAUGUUUUCUUAUUUCCAAGACCAAUUCAUUAUUGUAAUUCUUGUAACAAUUUUGUCUAUGAUGUAACAUGAAGAGAUUGUUCAAUCUCUAUUCUCUCUUUGGAGGAGUAAUAGGUGCCCUGGAUUAGCUUGAA